AUGCCGGAAGAACAGAGGGAGGAACAGCAGAGCUUUUUCCGCACCGCGGCGCAGGGCAUUGGUAUCUUCAUGCUCAUUCAGUUUGCCAGCAAGCAGUUUUUCGGCGGCUCGCAACAGCAACCCACAGCCAACGUCCCUGGCGCCAACGUUCCUGCCGCCAAUCUCCCUGUCCCAGACUUCGCCGACCGGCCCCCAGGCCUCGCCCCGGACGCCCAGUACAAUGCCAUUCCGCAAUCCAUUGCGCCCAUUUGGCCUCCCGGCACUGAGCUGGACCUGAACAUCUUUGUCUCUCCAUCAAUGGUCAUGCCGUCGCUGAAGUCGAUGCCCGCUGAGUCCCUGGUCGUGGAUGAGAGGCAGUUCGCCUACGGUGACUUCCAGGAUAAGCGUGAGAUCGACACGACGAUCAAGGUGCCGAAGGAGGCCCAGGCUGGCAGCCCCAUCUGGGCGCAUUUCUUCGUUGCCCUGACUGGCAAGGAGCUGGAUCCCGCCGCUCCGGCCUAUGAUCCCUCAAAAGCCUAUCAUUUCGCAUACCCCUUAACCCAACGUCUGCCGAGAAAGAAGGUCAAGAAGGCGAAGAACCUGCUGGCUGGUGGUGAUGAUGAAGACGCCGAACCGGAGCAGGAGAUUGAGCAGCCCGGCCGCCUCGUGAACUACUACCACCCUAACUUCACCAUGUCAUUCAUUCCGGACUCGGGCGUGCAGAAGUACCCUCAGCUUCACCCGGCGCUGCGCAGCUACAUCCAGCUCGAGGCCACGGGAGCUAGGGAUGCCUCGGGUCAGAAUGGGUGGUACUACCCGAUUCUGUUCGUGAACACCUUCUGGCAGCUCAAGGACCACAUGAUGGAGCUGAACACUACCACCACUGAGAUUCCUCUGCACAUUUCUCUCAACCAGCAAAAGAACUGGAUCUACACCAUUCUCGCCAGUGUCGACGCCAAUGUCAAGGCUAACCAGGCAAAUGCAGCUGCCAACCCCGGACAGAUGACUGCUGGUGGCUCUGGCGAGGAGUUCGAAGACUUCAAGCGCAUCUUGAUCGACAGCAACGCCUAUCUGCUCGCAACCACCGGCGUUGUCACUGUUCUCCACAUGAUUUUUGAGAUGCUUGCAUUCAAGAACGAUGUCUCUCACUGGCGCCAGAAGAAGGACAAUGUCGGCACUUCGGUGCGCACGAUCCUGGCCAAUGUCUUCAUGCAGUUGAUCAUCUUCCUGUACCUCAUGGACAACAACGAGAACACGUCGUGGAUGAUUCUCUUUGGCCAAGGCAUGGGCAUUCUCAUCGAAGCUUGGAAGAUCACCAAGACGGUUGACAUCAAGAUCGAAGCCGCCGCCCCAGGCUCCAUGUUGCCGUACAGGAUCGAGUUCAAGGACAAGCACGAGCUGUCGGACAAGGAGAAGGAGACGCAAGAGUACGACCGCAUUGCGUUCAAGUACCUGUACAUGGUCGCCGUUCCCCUUCUGCUCGCAUACGCCGGCUACUCGCUCGUCUACGAGACACACAAGUCGUGGUACAGCUUCGUCAUCGCCACCCUCGUCGGCAGCGUCUACGCGUACGGCUUCCUGAUGAUGGUUCCGUCGCUGUACAUCAACUACCGCCUCAAGUCUGUGGCGCACAUGCCCCGCAAAGCCAUGAUGUACAAGUUCCUGAACACCUUCAUUGACGACCUCUUCGCCUUCACAAUCAAGAUGCCUACGCUCCACCGCUUAGCGACCCUCCGUGACGACGUCAUCUUCUUCAUCUAUCUCUACCAGGGCUGGAAGUACAGAGUCGACUACAGUCGUGUCAACGAGUUCGGCCAGGGCGGCGAGGAGGAAGACGAGCCGGAGAAGGUCGCCAACAAGCCGCUAACAAGCCCUCCUGGUGACGACAAGAAGGCCGUUGAGGGUGUUCAGGAGGUCAAGGCGGAGGCCAAGACGACAGGUGCGGAGAAAGGCGGAAAGGGCAGAAAGAGGAAGUGA